AUGGCUCGCCCAGCUGGCGCGAAGGAGCCCGCCUCUGCCGUUGCUCCCAACGGCAAGGCGAGGCAGCAGGAGGACUACACCUCUGAGGGUGUCGAAGACAACGACGUCUUCCUCCUUCCCAUCUCCGACUAUCAGGUCAUGAUCGGCGUGACCAUUUUAGGAGCCAUCGUUCGUCUCUUCCGCAUUUACCAGCCUGACAGUGUCGUCUUCGACGAGGUCCACUUCGGUGGCUUCGCCUCGAAAUACAUCAAGGGCAAGUUCUUCAUGGACGUCCACCCCCCUCUGGCCAAACUCCUCAUUACCCUCUUCGGCUGGCUCGCGGGCUUCGACGGCGACUUCGACUUCAAGGAGAUCGGGAUGGACUAUGUGGAGCCCAAUGUUCCUUACGUUGCCAUGAGGGCAUUCCCCGCCAUUUGCGGCAUUCUUCUCGUACCUACCAUGUUCCUCACCUUGAAGGCUGCGGGCUGCCGCACCUUCACAGCUGCCAUGGGAGCCGGUCUGAUCAUCUUUGAGAAUGGUUUGUUGACCCAAGCUCGCCUGAUCCUCCUCGACUCGCCUCUUGUCCUGGCCACGGCCUUCACCGCCAUGUCGUUUGUCUCCUUCACGAAUCAACAUGAAUUGGGACCUACCAAGGCCUUCCAGGCAAGCUGGUGGUUCUGGCUAGUCAUGACGGGUCUGGGUUUGGGUAUCACCUUUAGCAUCAAAUGGGUCGGUCUCUUCACGAUCGCGUGGGUCGGAUCCUUGACCCUGGUUCAGCUUUGGGUGCUCCUUGGCGACACCAAGACCGUCACGAUUCGCGUGUUUGCCAAACACUUCAUGGCGCGCGUCUUCUGCCUGGUCGUGCUCCCGGCCACCUUCUACCUGGCCAUGUUCGCGAUACACUUUGCCUGUCUCGUCAAUCCUGGAGAGGGAGACGGUUUCAUGAGCUCCGAGUUCCAGUCUACCCUGAACUCCAAGGGCAUGCAGGAUGUCCCUGUGGACGUGCUCAUGGGCAGCAGGGUCUCUAUCCGCCACGUCAACACGCAAGGUGGCUACCUCCACUCUCAUCCUCUCAUGUACCCGACCGGCAGCAAGCAACAACAGAUUACCCUUUACCCACACAAGGACGAGAACAACCUGUGGCUCCUGGAGAACCAGACCCAACCGCUGGAUAUCAAUGGCGAGCCCAUCAACGGCACUGACGCCUGGGAUAAGCUGGACGAGCCUGCCUACAUCAAGGAUGGUGAUGUCGUCCGUAUCUACCACUUAGCUACCCACCGCCGCGUCCACUCGCACGAUGUUCGACCUCCGGUCACCGAGGCUGAUUGGCAGAACGAGGUCUCCGCCUACGGGUACGAAGGGUUCGAGGGUGACGCAAAUGACUACUUCCGUGUCGAGAUUGUCGAGAAGCAGUCCAAGGCUGGGCCGGCGCGGGAGCGGCUCCGCACCAUCGAGACCAAGUUCAAGCUGGUCCACAUCAUGACUGGCUGUGUUUUGUUCUCUCACAAGGUGAAGUUGCCAGAGUGGGCAUCAGAGCAGCAAGAGGUCACCUGCGCCCGGGGUGGUACCCUUCCUAACAGCCUGUGGUAUAUCGAGUCCAAUGAGCACCCUAUGCUUGGUCCGGACUCGGAGAAGGUCAACUAUGAGAACCCCGGCUUCUUUGGCAAGUUCUUGGAGCUGCAGCAGGUCAUGUGGAAGACCAACGCCGGCCUCGUUGAGUCCCAUGCGUGGGACUCUCGCCCUGGCUCGUGGCCCAUCCUGCGACGAGGCAUCAACUUCUGGGGUAAGAACCACCGGCAGGUUUAUCUUAUGGGCAACCCAGUCAUCUGGUGGACCUCGACCCUCGCUGUUGCCGUCUAUGUCCUUAUCAAGGGCAUCGCCGUCCUCCGGUGGCAGAGAAGCUGCAAUGACUACUCCAACACAACGUUCAAGCGGUUCGACUACGAGAUCGGAAUGUCGGUGCUGGGCUGGGCAUUCCACUACUUCCCCUUCUACCUGAUGCAGCGCCAGCUCUUCCUGCACCACUACUUCCCAGCCUUGGUUUUCGCCAUCAUCGCGCUGUGCCAGUUCUUCGACUUCGUGACAGCUCGUGCGCCGAUUUCGGUCAUUCGUGAGAACCCAGUCAUCAACAAGACCGCGACCGUCAGCUUCCUGGUCGUGUCUGCUGCAGUGUUCAUGCUGUAUUCACCCCUCGCGUAUGGCAACAUGUGGACCAAGAACGAGUGCCAGCGUGUCAAACUAUUCGACACUUGGGACUUUGACUGCAAUACGUUCUUCAGCAACUAUGACCAGUACAGCGGCGUGCGAAAGGCGGCCGUGGCGUCGACCAGUGCAGCAGUGAAUUCGGACGCUCCAGCGGGGGGUGAAGAAGGUCUCCAGGCCGGUGACGACGCGCAAAAGCCCCUGCAUGACCAUGAUGAGUUCUUCAAGAAUGCAGGUAUCAGUGGCGCCCCCAUACCACCUGGGCAGCGCCUCGUCAAGCGUGAGGAACGCAUCGAGUAUCGUGAUCAGGAUGGCAACAUUCUCGACGAGGAGCAGCUCAAGGCACUCGAGGGCAAAGUAGAGUUCAAGACACGCUACGAGACCCGCACCCGCGUGCUCGACGCCGAUGGGAACGAGGUGGAGGUCGCCGCCGGGGUGGCCCCUCCGCACCCUGAUGUCGAGGGCGUCGACUCCAAGACGAUCAAGGAGCGGGGCGAGCGUGACGAGUCUAUUCCGCCUGCCAAGGAGAGCGUCGAGGGGGAUCAUGAGGCGCGGGCCAAGCAGCCCAAGCCUGCUAGCGAGAAGAAGGAGGCAAGCAGCCGGUCGGGCUCAUAGACAGCAAAACAGCCUGGCUUAUCUGAGCGGGCUUCUUCUUCUUCUUCUUCUUCUUCUUCUUCUUCUUCUUCUUCUUCUUUCCACUUGUAGGGGGUUGACUUGUGGUGUUUUAGGCGAAGGGUGUACGAUACCAAAAUCCCUACUGCUCUCCAAUACAAUCCAGGGAAGGUGUGGGUAGUAGCAAGAAAGGGAACAGGAAGUUUCAGAGCAUGGGAUUUGGCUGGGAAAAUAAUCAAACACCCAGAAUUCAUACCACG